AUGAGCAGUGUCGAACUGGUUCUUCUUGUUGCUUGCACUACUGUGCUCUUCCCUCUCGCCCACUCUUCACCAACUAGCGACCAAAGGUUGUAUGAGGGCGGUCCAGAUGACACUGAGCGAGAACGAGAACUCUAUCAGAGCCUCCGACAAGCACUAGCCGAAUCAUACGAACCACCAAUCGAGAAGAGGGCGCAAACGUUCGUGCGAUUCGGAAAACGAGCUCAAACCUUUGUGAGAUUUGGUAAAAGAGCACAAACCUUUGUACGACUUCUGCGAUAUCUCUGUGUGCCUUUUGCUGUACUGCAGGAAACACCCAUGAGAGAUCGGCCCGUCAUCAGCAUCGAAAAUUACACCAUAUACUGCGGCGAUGCUGAUGAGAACAAAGUAGAUACGCCUUUCUACGACUGCGGGAUCGCAGUAGGACGUAAACUUUGGAUCGUAAGUGCUCACGCACCUACGGAAACCGCUGAGGAUAACAGUGUUCAUUGUUGGAAUGUGAAGAUGGGACUCGAACAACAAUCCGAUGUGCUAGGAAAAUGGUAUUAUCCAGCGGAGCGCACGUCGGACAACGGACGUCGCGACUCUGACCACCGUCCAGUUCUUCCCAGCUUCAAGACACGGUUCCACAAGAGAAACCGAGGAGUUCCUCUUCAACCGAAAAUCGACUUGGCAGGUUUGAAAGACGAUGAAUGCAGAACAAAAUUCCGCCAACGUGUGUCUAUUUGUGUUGGAGUACGGACCAGGAAGAAGCUUAGCGAUGCGGAUUCCUUCAUAAAGUGCAUCAAGGACGCUGCAAGGGAAACGCUCCCGGUUCUAUUGCCGCGAAAGAAGUUUGUCUUUGCAGAAACAGAAUCCACGUACGAUUUUGUAUGUGUCGCGCGCAGCGCUGGUGACUUCAACCAGGAAAAGCGUCUUAGAAGGAGGCUGCGUCGUCAACUGCAACAAGACCGCGAAAACGAGUGGACGUCAAGAGCGAUGGAGUUUGAGAAGGCGUGGGAGGACAGCAACCCGCGGAAAGCCUAUGCUCUAUUAAAACAAUAUUGCGGCAAAAUGAAAAGAUGUUCUCCUGUCCUCAACACUGUCAAUGGAGUUGCUGUCGGUGAAGCAACAAUUCCAAUUUGGAGAGAACACUUCAAGACCUUGCUGAACCGAUUAGCAUCGUCAGCUCUUGAACUCAAGCACGUUCAUACAUCGACAUAUGCGGUUAACGAGGAACCGCCGACCGAGUCGGAGGUUCUAGUCUGUAUUUAA